GUGGGACCUGUUGGGAAGCCCGCCCCUUCGCAGAGGCACCUCGUGCAGCCGCCCCAGCCUGCGCCAGACCGGGAGAGCGGUUCUGGCGCCCGGACGUGGCUCGGGCCGCAGGAGAUCAUAAAAUUCUUCUGCGACUUCAGAGACUGGCUUGUGAGUCAUCUUUCUUUUCUCUCCCACGGGUGGGUGGCUGGCUGGCACGAUGCCCGGCGCUGACAAAAACCUGCAGAAAGGAGAAUGUUAGAAGCCUGAGAAAAGAGGACAGGACUCCCUUGCUAGCAAAGAGCCUCUUCUGAUUUCGCUCCACAGACGCUGCCGUGUGCCAGGCGCCCCUGCCCCCACCCCACAACUCACCCACCCAGGAAGAUGCUGAGAUCAACCAUCAGCCUCACUCUGCUUUUGGCAGUGCUCCAAGUCAGCCAUGGCCAACGAAUCAAAAGACUAACGGCUUGUUUGAGCAAUCAAACCCUGCGGAUAGACUGUGCCUACGAACGGAAAACUACCAAUCCUCUAUCCUACGAAUUCCGCCUGUUCAAGGGCAGCGGUGAUGGAACAGUGGUGGCCGGCAACUCCAGUGUGGCCAGUGCUCCUUACAAGCUUCGGACCAACAUCACUGCCAACAACAACCUUGUGUGCCUGUACCUCAAUGGCUUCACAACCAGCGAUGAGGGAGUCUACACCUGCAAGUUGAAGAUCAUCAAUGAUUAUGAAGACAUGCAGUCCAGGGACAUCACUGUGGUCAAAGCCCAGUUGGCGAGAUGCGCCGGGAUCAGCGUCUUCAUCCAGAACACCUCCUGGCUCCUGCUGCUCCUCCUGUCGCUCCCAUUGCUGCAAGCUGUGGAUUUUGUGUCGCUUUGAAGGGAGAAGAAAAGCAGCGUGGGGGGAGAGGGGCACCGGGAGGUUGGGGGGGAAAGGAAGGAAGGAAGGAAGGAAGGAAGGAAGGAAGGAAGGAAGGAAGGAAGGAAGGAAGGAAGGAAGGAAGGAAGGAAGGAAGGAAGGACAGCCUGUCACACAAGUCUAAACCUAUCCAGGGAACGUGGGCCUCUUCCUGGAGGUUUUGGAAAAAGGAGGCCGGUGUGGACUAUGGAUUUGAGCUGAAAGGCAGAACGGUUUUCUCUUAAUCUUCUCUCUCUCUCUCUCUCUCUCUCUCUCUCUCUCUCUCUCUCUCUCU